AUGCCAGUCGUCCUGGAGCAAAGGCCCACCCUCGGGUGCCUGGGGGGACCCAACGCCCAUGAGGAAGAAGCCUCAGCCCUCCUAGCUUUGGUUCCGAGUGGAGAAGGGGUCCUGCGGCAGGGAGACACUGCUUUUACCGGUCCGUUGCCACCCAAGAGGUGCCGCUUAAGCUCUGUUCAGGUUGUCAGCCCCAGAAGGCGCUACACUUUCCUAACACUGUCUCCCAAGCACAAACCCCCUGCACACAAAAUGCCUCAGGUUGUAACUCCCUGUUCAGCUGCCUUCCCUCAGCUGGAUGGCCAAGCAGGCAAAGCAUCUGAAGGUGAACACUCCCUUGUUGAGACACCUCAACUCUGUGCUGGGACAAAUGACCAACUUUUCCUAAUUUUACGAGAACUAGAAGCCAAGCUGAAUAAUGCUGAGAAACAGCUGGCAGAUCUGAAAUCAUCAAUCCAAGGUAAGAACAUAACACAGCUGGAGGUUUUUAUUCUGACAUGUAAAGAACUUUAUCACCAUGUGGCAUUUGGAGCAUCUAUCGGGAAUGUUGGAAAUACUGGACCAUUAAAUGCAGAGAUCACACUGACUUACAAAAAUGUCUACUUUAACUCAGGCUCUUACAACCCUGCAACAGGUAUUUUUACUGCUCCGGUCAGAGGAGUUUAUUACUUCAGCUUCUCUGGUCAUAAUAUAUCGACUAGACCGAUGGGGCUGCGUCUGAUGAAGAAUGGAGAGCAGAUGGUGACAGUGUACAACCAUGCUGCUGGAAAUCGCUAUGAGACAGCCACCAAUGGCAUGACUCUGCAGCUGGAAGCAGGAGACCAGGUGUACAUGAGGCUCCGUCCGGACACCUGGAUUUUUGAUAAUGACAACAACCACAGCACCUUCAUUGGCCAUUUGUUAUUCCCUCUGUAA